AUUUGAAAGUAGUUGUAUUGUUGUGGACAUGGAUAAGUUCAAGGCAGGUAUGGUUCUAGGAGCUGUGGGGGAUGCUUUGGGGUACAAGAAGGGCCGCUGGGAAGGCUGCACUUCGGGGAAGAAGAUCCAGGAAGAACUGGCCUCUCUGGGAGGACUUGGGGCCCUAAAACUAGACUCGGACAACUGGCCUCUGAGUGACGCCACACUGAUGCACAUGACCACAGCAGAGGCCCUCAUCACAGAUUACUGGUGUCUGGAGGACCUGUACCGUGAGCUGGUGCGUCUGUACGUUGAAGCUAUGGUCUGUCUCCAAGGCCGAGUGCCCGACCCGUUCACAGUGGAAGGCUGUGUCCACCUCAAACCACACAACUACCUGCUGGCCUGGCACACCCCCUUCAAUGAGAAAGGGUCCGGGUUUGGGGCAGCUGCCAAGGCCAUGUGCGUGGGAAUGAGGUACUGGCAACCGGAGAGAUUAGACAACCUGGUGGAGGUCAGCAUCGAGAGCGGGAGGAUGACACACAACCAUCCAACAGGCUUCCUGGGCUCUCUGGCCACAGCGUUGUUUGCGUCGCUUGCGAUCCAGGGGAAACCUCUGGUGAGUUGGGGCCGUGAGCUGAUGACAGUGAUCCCAAAGGCCGAGGAGUACUGCAGGAAGACCAUCCGACACAUGGCAGAGUAUCAAGAAAACUGGUUCUACUUUGAGGCCAAGUGGCAAUUUUAUCUUGAGGAGAGAGAGAUCGAGAAUGAGGGGCAGAACAAACCUGUAUUUCCAAACCCAUACGAUGCAGAAGAGACAGACAAAAUGUAUAAGCGGUGGAGUUCAGAGGGCAGAGCGGGGCGCAGAGGGCAUGACGCUCCAAUGAUCGCCUAUGAUGCUCUGUUAGCGGCGGGAAGUGACUGGAAUGAAUUGUGCCGAAGAGCCAUGUUCCACGGAGGUGAGAGUCCCGGGACAGGUCUAAUCGCCGGAUGUCUCUUCGGUCUCCUGCACGGACUCAGCUCGGUCCCCUCCGGUCUGUAUCAGGACCUGGACAAACGCGCGCGGCUGGAGGAGCUCGGAGAAGCGCUUUACAAAGCCGCCUCCAAAGACAAGGGCAUAGACAAGUAAAUGCUAUAUCCCACUGCACUGGCCUGUCCCCUACUGGCUGUAUGAAGAACUGCACUUAACUUUGGCUUGUCUUUUGACCAACUCAACCCCCUGGUCCUCCCCAAAAGAAGCCCAUUAUGGUAUAUUAAGACUUAUCUGCCCACAAUCUCCCUUACGUUAUUCACAGAGGAACUGGAAAAAUCUAUAGCUAUUGCUGAAUCUAACAGCAUAGAUCAUUUUGUAAAAAUUGACAUGUUAGUAACAUAAUGAUGUUUUCAUUAAUGUGAAUAAAAACCUGUGCAAACUGC